CAACAUAGAGUGAAGUCAUAUAAAUACACAAGGCUUCCCCAUCUUUGCCUUCCGCAGCCAUCUAUCUCUUUUAGUUUUUGGGAGUUGCUGAUUAAGAUGUCUAAAAAGGUGUAUUACCUAGUUGGCCUUUUGAUCAUGGCUAUGGACGUUGCAGCUGGUAUUCUAGGCAUCGAAGCUGAAGUUGCCCAAAACAAGGCCAAAAACCUUCGGGUGUGGAUAUUUGAAUGCAGAGACCCAAGCUAUGAAGCCUUCAAACUAGGCUUGGUUGCAACAGUACUAUUGACCUUGGCACAUGUCGCAGCUGUUAUGCUCAGCGGGUGCGUCUGCAUUUGGUCCAAGGAAGAGUUGGAUCAGUCAUCUAACAAUAAGCAGCUAGCAGCAGCUUCUCACGUUUUAGCAUGGGUCAUAAUGGUUAUAGCAUUCUCAUUGCUAAUCAGUGGGACAAUAUCGAACUCAAGGUCGAGGCAAAACUGCGGAAUUUCAAACCAUCAUCAAUUGUCCAUAGGAGGAAUUUUGUGUUUUGUCCAUGGACUUUUUGCCGUCUCUUAUUAUAUUUCUGCAACAGCGAUCAUUCAAGAAGAAAAGAAGUUGAAGCAUCCGGCAACUGCAGGUGCAGCUGCCAAUGCUUGAGAGGACCUAAAAACUAUUCAGUUCGUUCUUUGUUUACAAUUCAAAUACUAUUGAUUUGUAAUUAUUAUGCAAGAAGCUUGCUGCAAUGUGCUUUCAUCGUUCUUUCUUCU